AUGAAUGUUCAACCAAAGGUUGUCACUCAGCCACAGGUGGUGGCGACCCAGCCCAAGACAAACAAUUGGCAAACGGAUGUAUGUGACUGCUUUAGCGAUUGUGGAGUCUGUCUCUGUGGAAUGUUCUGCUUCCAUUGUUUGUCAUGCCAGGUUGCUACAGCUAUGAAUGAAUGUUGUUGCUGUGGUGCAACUGUGGCCAUGCGAGCUGUCUACAGGACAAAAUACAAUAUCCCUGGAUCCAUCUGUGGGGAUACCUUCAUUGUGGGGUGUUUGCCUGCUUGUUCUCUCUGCCAAGUCCAGAGAGAUAUCAAAAAAAGGAAAGAAAUGGGGAUAUUCUAGAAGACUUCCU